AGCUGUCAAAUCGUCGAGAGCGGUGAAAGAACAAGCGUGGGAAAAACGUGGAUCGCGCUCUAUACAUAAGCUAUUCAGACGUGCAGCGUAUUUUUCCUUGAUUGAAUUAUUGAAAUUUGUCCGUGCAUUGCAUAUAUUCGUUGUUUUCAAGUGUUAUAACUGUGUGAAGCGAACAUUCCAUCAUGAAUCAGGACGAGGACGUCCCGACAAGAGUCACCCGUGGUGCUCUUCGUCGGCGUUCGGUCGACCAGGAAGCAACACCACAGAAACCGGCCGGUGCUGCCGUAAGCGUAACGCCAAAGAAAACGAAUAGCACUACCAAGCGGUCUACUGCGUUGAACGCGAUACAGGAAAGUGACGGUGGUCGUCCGUCCACGCCAAUCGUCGGUCGCACCACUCGUCGCCGAAUGUCGGAAACCAUCGACACCCCAACAUCGUUGCCCAACAAAUUGGUACAGAACCUCAAGGAAGCGGAAUCGACGAGCUCCGAACCAGGCAGACGUUCGCGUAAUACUUCUCUUACCGAGGAGAACUUGAACGAGCUAAACGCAACCUACGAGGGAAACAGCACGACGCUCACAACCCGUUCCCGUACGCCCGCUCGUCUCCGUGCGUCUCACGAAGCGCUGGCUUCGAUUGGAUCGCCCCAACCCGUAAUUGGCGUACGUCGCUCCACUCGGCGCAACAGCAUAACCUCGGAUGAUGGAAACAGUUCGGUACAGUCGCUUCCGGUUACUGGUUCGAAGCUGGGACCCAGCGUACGUGCUCUAAAGGAUGACACCAUUAUUGAGGAAGACGACAGGGACGAUCGCGCGGAAUCCGUAUCGUCCGAUACAUCCACACGCCAAACACGAGCACAAUCGGCUUUAUCGACAGUAUCUUUGUCUGCUGCUAGCCCCCGCAGUUCUCCGGCAAGUCCAGUGUUGAGUAUUAAAGGCGAAUCAACACCACCGCGCGUUAGCAAAACGCCGCGCGUUGCCAUAACCCCUCUGUCACUGUCCAAACCAUCACCACGCUCCAAGAAUGUUUCCUUCAGCGAAGGUUCCAUACGAGACGACCAUCAAAGCUCGCUUCCUAAAACACCAACAUCACUGUCGAAGGAAAUGUUUGUAGUGGUGGAAGAUCUGCGCAAUUCUUCCGAACUGAAGGGUGCAUCACCGCGGGUAGCUGCAGCAGUCAAUGCAUCACCGAAAAUGUCGCAAAAGAAAAGCACAUUGGUGCAAAGCAAUGCAUCUCCUCAACGCGAAAAUAUGGACAGCGAGAAUCAACCACUGAAUGAGACCGUCAUGAGCGCCAGUAAGGAUAAAAUGAAUGAUUCUACUACAUCCAUGAUCGCCGCAGAGAACGACGAACGUUCCGAGGGAGCAACAACUGUACAUGAUGUCAGUGGAAUCGAUGUGCUAGAUGCUGCUGUGAAAGACACGACGAUCGCAACAGCGGUGGAAGCUAACGACACUGUUGUGAACGAUAACAGUCGUAUGGCGAAUAAGUCGUUGUCGGAGGAAAACAAAUUUUCAAGCUCUUGGUCACAGUCGGUCCGACGUUCCGCUACGAAAGGUAUCGAUGAGUACAGCGUCCGCAAGCAGGAAGAACAGGCACGUCUCGAAGAGGAGAAAGCAACCCUGCAACAGGCUAGCUUGGAUUCGUCGUUGAAAACUCGCUCGCCUGUAACUAAGCAACAGUUGAAAGAGGAAGAAGACGAAGAAGAAGAAGAAACAGUAGAUUUGAUUGAAGAAGAGGAAGAGACACGGCCACACAACGAGUUUGUCGACGAUGAGGCGCUGGAAAUGGAGGACUAUCAAUCGUGUGAUUCAAUGGACAGCGAGUUACGGAAGGAAAUGGCAGAGAACGAAAUUCCCGAGCAGGGCGAAGAUUUGGGCAGCGAGGAUACGGACGAAAACGAUGAACCCGAAGACGAGGAUGAUGAUGGUAACGACUCGUGGAUUGUUUCCGACGGUGAUGGAGAAGAAAUGGAACCGAUGGAAGAAGAUGAACUGUUGCAAAGUUCAAAUGACGAUGAGGUACUGCCGGUGGUGGAUGAAAGUGCAGGGUCCGCAUCGAAACAACCGAACAAAGCUACUCGUCGUCGGCGACGUAUUGUGGACCCGGUGGACGAUAGCGAUGAGGAAGAGAAGCCCGCGUCUCCGGCGAAGUCUCCUAAACGAAACACCGCAAACAUCCGACGUUCAGCAACACCGGCUUUGAGCGGCGAAAAAGAAAAUUUAACACCAGUAGAGAAAACUGACACUUCCGACAGCAAUGACGUCGUUAGACCGGUGGAGAAGACUACACCAAGCGUCAAAUCCGCAUCAAUGGCAGCAUCCGACGUUGGAGAGGAAAAGGAAACCCGCUUGGGUGUGCAGACAACUCCAACUGUCGGUAUCAAAUCACCAAAAAAAGUGGAUUUGAAAUCUCCAUCUCCGGUUACUACGGUUACUCCGAAGAAAGCCGGCGACAAAAAAGAGGCUGUCUCGGUCUCUGAUGUGGAACAGGAUGCGAAAGAUUGUUCUACGGUAAUGUUUGAGGACGUCGAUAAGAACGAAGAAACAGAUCAACAAAUCGGUGAGGAGGAAAUGGAAAUCGGCGAUACAUCCGCGUUGUCGACAUCUCUGUCUAAAUCGCCUAAAAAGCCCAUUAUGUCCCGCAAAAGCUUUCCCGCCAAUGCUGAACACAUGACAAAACCACAGGUCGCCGUUGUUGCUGCUGGUGCGCGUAAAAGCCUUCCUGCAAGCGCUAAACUAUUAACUACUAAUGAAAAGACCGACGCUGUGGAAAAUGUGGAAGAAAUCGAUGAUAAUUCACAAGACGAACCUUCAUCAUCCCCGGAGCAGAAGAAGACACAAAAUGAAUCUUUGGCGGUGGAAGUUACGUUGGAUCAACCGAAACCUGAUGCGUCCAAUGCUGGCCGGAAGUCAAUGCCCCCCGUAUCCCUCGUUUCGGCACAGUUUUACAUCGGUGCAGCGAAAAAGCGAAACACUAUCGCGGGAAGUGAUACCAACGCGGUAACAUCAACACCCAAACAGGUGGCAAAGGAAUUGGCUUCCCCGGGAAAGAAUAAAAAGGAAAAGAAGACGGUAGCCGCCGACGGAACCUCGGUCGUACCUAAUCCGUUCGCUCUUGCCAAGGGAGGCAAACUAAAGUCACGUGUUUCGUUGGAUUCGAGUGUAGCGGCUGCGACAGGGCAGCAACAGGCUGCUAAAAAGGCUCGUCUCUCUCUGCCAUCCCAACUGGGCAAAGAAGAUUCACCAUCACAGCCGGAGCCAGCUAGCCAGCAACCGGAACCGAUGGAAGUGGACGAUGUGGUACCGGAUGAAGAAAAUGAUGUUGCGAAUGGGGAAGAAGGUCAAGAAUCGCAAACAGAUGAUGAAACGGCAGAAGAUGACGAUGAUGCAGUGCAGGAAGUGCAGUCGGAUGAAAAGCAUCGCACCAAAGUUCCAAAACCCAAACCGAAAGCUCUGGAGGAUUACGAUCUGGCCAACAUAUUGGUCCGUUGCAAUGAGUUCGUGCGCGAGGACAAGGAGCGUAAAAAGCAGCUGGCGUCCGUUCUGCGCAAAAAGAAGGAAGAGAAAAAGAAGCUGCGAGAGUUGGAGAAGCAGCAAGAACUGGAAGCGGCUAGAACCGCUGCUGUCAGCGCGCAGGCAGCCAAUAAAGAUGAUCCAAACAGCACCAACGCUUCGACCGGCAACGAUUCCACCGCUCAGGGUGAGGAGUCAUUGAAGAAGAAGAAAAAGCGAAAGCCGAAAAAGGUUAACUACGUCCUGGAGGAACUAGCUGAAACGAAGAAGGAACGCAUGGAACAAGCCUUACGGCGCAAGCUGGAAGUGAUCGAGCGUCGCAAACAGCGCAAAAAGGAGCGUCAACUCGAGAAAAAGAUUCACCAAGAUAAGGAGAAUGGACACGACGGUGGUGGUAACGGUGCCAUGGUGGCAGCUAGCGGCAUUGGGGCUAAGCUGGAAAAAAUGAAGAAAAAGCAAAAAUCAAAAUUGGCGAAGCAGGAGAAGGAAAAAUCGUCGGAACCACCAGUACGCGUCGCCCUUUCGGCGUUUGCAGUAUUCAACGAAAUUACUACCGCCAAUAAUCAAAUGGAGUUGUCACGUCCUUCUGUUGCGACGAAAGAGGGAAAGCUAAUCAAGGCCGACCACGCGCCUGCUGAAAAGAAGCAACAGCUUAAACCAGCGGAACAGGCAACCAAAACUGUGGACUCUGUUCAGAAGGCACCAACAGAAAGCCCCUAUGCCAAGAAGAAACAGAUUGUGGACGAGCAACUGGAAGAAGCCGACCGCAAAAUGGACGCAUCGGCAUCUGACCAGUCUGCUGCCAGUUCGAGUCUGUCGAAGGAUGCUAACAAAGUGUCAAAGAAGCAAAAAAAGAAGUUAGCGGCGACAACGACCAGCUCGAAAGGCCCCCCCAAAGGGGAAUCGGAGUCACGGAAGGAAGUCGUCGAAGUAACUGCGGAACCAGCGGAACCAACCACGAAGCCUGAAAAAGCGAAGGAAAAGAAAGUAAAGGAGCAGCAAGUGGCGGAAUUAACUUCGAAUGAGGUAGACCCCGGUACCGUUCCGAAGCAGAAAAAGAGCAAGAAGAUCACGGAGAACGGUGAAUCGGCACCACGGAAGGAAAUUGUCGAAGUAAUUCCGGCACCAGCAGAACCAGCCGCGAAGGUUGAAAACCCGAAGGUAAAGAAAGUAAAGGAGCAAUUGGCGAAGUUCGCGUCGCAUGAAGCGGACCCCGGAACUGUUCCGAAGCAGAAGAAAACCAAGAAGAUCAAACAGAUGGAAGCUGGGGAAGAGAACCUGCCAAGUGCCAUGGAUAAUCGAUCCGCCGAGCCUGAGACGACGGGCAGCAACGUUAAAAAGGGAAACAAAAAACUUGCAUCUCAAACAUCCGAACCGACAGCGGCUGUUCCGGCAAAGAAGCGUAAACGUGACCAGCUAGGAGACGGCAGUUCAUUAGCGUCAACGCCUCGUCCAGCGAAACACACGAAGCUGCGUGUCCUGCAACGCAUCGAAAGUGGUGGCUUUUUCGAGGAAAGCGUGACACCGGAUAAGGUCCGCGCAAAGCGCAACUUUGGUUUCGACGAGCGACAGGCAACACCGGCCAAACAGCUUGGCUUUAGGGUUUCUUCGCUGCUACCAACCGGGCAGGACGAGCUUCGGGACAUAGCCACCUCGUCCAAAAAGCCCUCGAAGGACGGACGUAAACCUUCCAAGUUCGGAGAUGCUGUCGCUGCCGAACGGAACGCCAGCCUACCGCUGCCGGUAUGGACCAGUUCGGGUGUGUUUCUCGAACUGGACGAAGGCGGUUCUGGCGAAAGGAAGAAGACACAGAAAUCGAUGCCAACUUCCAACGCCGCUACUGAAACGGGCUAUAUUCAGCUGAAGACGCAGAGUAACGGAGACUUCAGUCUUAAGAAGCUACGAUCUGGACCAGCUGCCGAUAAGCCGCAUCGUGUGGAUCCGGCCACAGCCAGCCAGUCUUUGCUGAACUUUAAGCGACAACAGUUGCUCGAGAAAACGGCCCAUUUGCGUGACAAGAAAAAGAGCCAUCGUGUGUAAAAGGCAAGGUUCAAUUCAAUUCCAUCAAAUUCCCGCGAUCGUCUGUCUUGAGUAGAGGGCCAAUAAUGUACAUAUUCCAUUUCUUUUUUGUACUGAUCUUUUCUUUCUUUCAAAACCCAAAACAAUUGUUGUGAACUGGGCAAUGUUGCGGUUCUCACAUACACGCUUGAAUGAAUGAGCAUAUGAAAUGCGACAAGAAGAGCUUUGUCAUGAACGAUUUUCAAUAAACAUUAUUCUUAGAUUUAAAAGAGCGUA